CAGGCAAGAAACUCUUCUCCACAUUAAUACUAAUUUAAAUGUUCAUUUUUGCCACUUUGCAUUUGAGUGUUAUUGAUAUUUUUUGAUUUCGGGUGGUUCCAUAGCACCUGACCCACCCACCCCAGGGUGUUUGUCCUGAGAGCUGGGAGCAGAAGGGUUGUGAAGCCAGGGCCAAGGGAGGUAAGAGCAACCACCGAGGCACCGAGCGGGACAAAAGGAUAGCAGGGGUAGGACGGAGAACAAGGGCACAGCACACAGGAGGGGAAACCGCGCAGCCAGCAGGAGUUGUUUGCAGGAGGAGUGUUGACAUUUAGCCGAAGAUGAGUACAUACACAGUGACUCUGAAUGGCCCUGCUCCGUGGGGCUUCAGACUACAGGGAGGAAAAGACUUCAACAUGCCCCUCACCAUCUCCAGGAUAACUCCGGGCAGCAAGGCAGCGGGAGGCAGCUUGACCCAGGGUGACAUCAUCUCAGCUAUUGAUGGGGUCAGCACCGAGGGGAUGACGCACCUGGAGGCCCAGAACAAGAUCAAGUCUGCCACCAUCAAACUCACCCUCUCAAUGCAGAAAUCAAGACGCCCGGCCCCAGUUCCCACGGCAACUCCAAGGAUGGACUCACCUAUGCCAGUCAUCCCUCACCAGAAGGCAUUACAAGAGGAACAUUUUGCAGGAGAAGUUCAAAAGAAGGAUCAAGAGUCUUGUGGAAUCCUCCUGGACAAAAAACCCUGCAAAAGAAAUCUCUUCCCAGCUUCAAGAUCUCCACCAAGCCAACGGGGGCAGUACAAUUCCCCAAUAGGCCUUUACUCCCCCGAAACUCUCAGAGAUAUGAUUGAUAUGCAGGGCAAAAUAGGCGAGGGAUCAGCAUCGGCCAGAAGAGUUUCAUCGCUGGGUGUGGAGUACACCCCCAGCUUCAACCCCAUUGCUUUGAAAGACUCAGCCCUGUCCACCCACAAGCCCAUUGAAGUGAAGGGUCCAGGAGGAAAAGCCACUAUCGUUCACGCUCAGUACAACACACCAAUCAGCAUGUACUCACAGGACGCCAUCAUGGACGCUAUCGCAGGGCAGUCACAGGCAAAGGGACAUGACAGUGAAGAGGCAGGCUCCCCCUUGGCUGGUGUUCUGCCCAUCAAGGAGCCUGUGGUAGAUUGUGCAUCUCCAGUGUACCAGGCAGUGAUCAGGCCAGGAGAGCCCCUGGACAUGACUGACUGGGCUCGCCGCGCUGCCAACCUGCAGUCUAAAAGCUUCAGGAUUCUGGCCCACAUCACUGGCACCGAAUUCCUGCAAGACCCAGAUGAGGAAGCCCUGCAGAAGUCAAGAGAGAAGUUUGAGUCGGAGGUCAAAGGGCCCCGCUUUGCCAAGCUGAAGAACUGGCAUCAUGGACUGUCUGCACAGAUCCUUAAUGUCCAGGAAUAAAGAGGAGAAGGUGAAAACAAAGGGAAAGAGAAAGAGAGAGAGGGGGGAGGAGGAGAACAUGUAAAGGACGACAUGGACAAAAGGAGGAAAAAGAGAUAAAUUAUGGAGAGAGAUAAGGAGCAAGAGGAGGAGCAAAGUGCUCGGGAAUGUGACAUAGUAUUGUAGCCCAGAUUAGUUUGAUGAAAGAUACUAAAUGUUAGUGUAAGAAUGCUAAAUGUUAAAUGUCAAAUAUAUCUGUCAGCUGCUAAAACCUGAUCUAGCAUUUGGGUUUUUCUUUCCUUGUUUCCUUUUUGUUUGGGUUCUGUCUCUCUUAUGUGAAAGGGAAAUUGUACAAAAAAUGAAGUAUUCAAGUGAAAAUGCAGAAAUUAUGUUUCUUUUAUGCACCAGUACGUAAACAAACAUAUGAAUUUUAACACUAUGUGCAUGUUUGUGAGGCAGCACACAUAGAGAUGUAUCUAAAUGCACCAAUACAGUAUGUAAAAAAACAAAUGCACUGAUAUGAAUGUGAAUAAAUGUUUUCUUAAAACAA